AUGAGCUCCUCCUCCACCCCCAACGACCCCGUCUCUAAUACCAACCCCACCGCCGCACCUUCGAGCUCACGAAGCACGAGACCACAAGGCACCGCGUGGAGCACUGCGAACAGUCGCCAAGCUUCCCGUCGAGGCAUCACACCCAUUACCACCGGCGGCGCAGGCGACGUGAGGCCGGGAAGCUCGAGCGACAGCCCUUCACGUGCAGUCUUCGGAUCUCCGACGAGCCUCACCUUCAACCCCGCUGCCGUUGGCGCGAAUCGGCACGCGAGCAGCAGGCAGUCUUCAAACUCCUCGACCACUUCCUUCGCAUCUCCGACAGGGUCGAACUACGCGACAGGCCCGUUCCAGAGCGGGAGUCGCUCGAGGGCUGUCACCUCUACCAGCAGUCCUCGGCUUGCCUCCUCUCUUGCUAGCUUGCCAUCGACAUCGCAUCCUAGUACUAGCGGUGUGGGCGCGGGCUCAGGUAGCAAUCGACUCGCCAGGCAUUCACCGUCCCUUUCACACUCGACCGCUGGUUCACCGAUUUCAUCCACCGCACCACAGAGCGCUGGUGGCUUGAGCCAGCUGACCAGCUUGGUCAUCACUCAACUGAACAUUCUCUUGAGCACACUCAGAGAGAACAAUUUCGACACACAAGCGGAGAGGAUCAGAAGCCUCGUCGAUGAGAACGGCAUGGAAGUCUUUACCACCUUUUUCCGGCGCUUGCUACAGAGCAACGCGUCGACAAUCUUUCCCGGCGCGGGACGUCCGCCGGCGACGGCUGACAGUAAUGGACAGUUCAAACUCCUAGCAGACGAAAUGGCCAAGAUAUCAAGGGAACCACAGCAAGCAGAGAAAAUUGCUCAAUCACUGGAUACAAGUGAAAGUGAACUUUUUCGCGACUUCGACCUUUCGACUUUCAUCGAAUAUUUCAGGCUGAGUCCCAUUGCCAAAGUCGCUUUGGUUCUACCCAUCCGCUCUGUCUCAAAGCCAGAUCUCCGUUCUAAAGCCGAUGCGAUCCUCACCAACAAUCUUCACCCCUUCUUACAAGCCGCAUCCUCACCGCCCCCUCCGAGCAACGAAUACCCCGAAGACGCCUCACCUUCCGUCCUCGCGGCAUUACUCGAACGCCUCAUGCAAGAGCCGCCUAGAAACUGGACUGAGGAGCAGCGUGAAAAUCUCAUUUACGCGGUGAAAGUGAGGUACAACCGACUGGGCGCACGGAUACCUCCAGCGCUAGAAUCGGCGAUGUUCGUGAUGGAGUUGCUCGAAUCGCAAGACAGCAGGCUGGCUCGACUGUUGCAGCGGACAGGACCGAGAGGCACGAGCAGCCUAGAUGCCUGCAAAGAGAUGCUUGCUGGAGUGGAGACACGGGAUAUCUCCUACCCGCAGAUCGCCAAUGCGCUCCUAUUCAUCGUGUGCGUACAAAACGGAGAGUCGUACGAUGCUGGAGUCUUUGUCAACGCACUGCGACAACAUCGCGCAGGGAGCAAUAUCGACUGGACGGACGUUGUGCAAGGCUUCGACAAGGACCAGCUUCGGGUAUCCAAGCGGCAGUUUCUGGCCCUGUACAAUGCAUUACUCCCGCUCGCAAGGGGAGAUUCCAAAUUCGACGUCCAAAGUCUAUGGAGCGGGCAAUGGCAGUUCCCGGAAACGCAGCUGAGCUUCGUGGUUGCAUUCUUGUCAACCAUCACGCAAGAGCUGGAUGUCACGCAAAUCCCGAACCUCAGACAAGCGUUCACUAUCGAAGAUUUCGAAGACGGUUCCGCCAGCGUGAAGGCAUUCGCGGCGGAAGCAGUAAAACAUCCAUUGGUCUCUCGGGAUGCGACAGAGGCACUGUUCUCCAUGAUCUUUAGGUCGCAGGACACCUACAAUCAUGCCCAGAUGCUCGGUAUACCCGACUCCAUCAUCAAUCCGAACAUGACAAUCUUCGUGUGUGCAGCCUCAGCAGUUCCGAAGCCGUGGGCAGCGUUGCAGGAUCAGGCGCUGAAACAGCUCUUCUACCCGUUUCUGCUGAAGCAACACCAGAACUACGACUUCGUCAUGCACUCACUGUGGCUACACGACAAGUCCUGGGUAGCGGGCCGCAUGGUCGAGUUCUACCAGCAGGACCAGAUGCUGCUCCACCUGAUCUUCGAGCAUGCCCAGGAACAGGGUUGGCUUGAACUUCUGCUUACGAUCCAGAGCAGUUUCGCCGUCGAUCUGGCCACGUACGCACAUGGCAAAGGGCAUUGCAACUUGGAAGACUGGGCACGCCCUCACAUCGAGACGAUGACUCCUCCACAGUUUGCUCGCGCCAUCCUCGACUUUCUGUCGAAGAAAAUUGAAGACGAGGCCAUCGUGCAACGGGCACGUUCCGGCCCGCCGCACGAACAGGUGGCACCAACAACGCAGCCUUUGGCAAUCAAGACCAUCUACCUGCUUCUAUUGCUCAUCAACGAUUCGCUACCCGAUGAUGACAGCGGACCUUUCUUCCGACAAUGCUUGGGUAUCUACCCAAGGCUGUUCAACUACGGCGAUGACGAGAAGAUUGACGACAUCAUCGAGGCCAACGGUAAUACCGAGCUGGGUCACACUCUUCCCGAGGAGACCGCCGGUAGGAUGGAAGAGCAGUACAAGGCCAUGUACGGUGGAACGACCAGCCCAGAUGACUUGAUCAAGCAGCUCAAGCAGAUGAAGCAGUCGGAGAACCCAGCAGACCAGGACUUGUUUGCUGCGAUGAUGCAUGGCUUGUUUGAUGAGUACAACUGCUUUGGAGAAUACCCCAACGAGGCUCUCGCAACGACCGCGGUACUGUUUGGUGGUUUGGUGCAGUUCCAUGUUCUCUCCACCGUCGCCGAGCAGGCUGCAAUCUUCAUGAUCUUCGAAGCCGUCCAAGGAUGGGAGCCCAACGACCAGAUGUAUCGCUUCGGACUGCAAGCGCUGAUACAUCUUCUUGGAAGGCUGAGGGAUUGGCCUGGCGUUUCGGAGAAGAUCAUUGCGACACCGAGCUUAGAAGGAACACAAGCGGUCACCGCUGCGCAGGCUGUGCUUGCAGAACAACAGCAGGAAGCCGCGGCAACGAAUGGUGAUACAGUCAAUGGCCUCACUAACGGCGCACUUGACGAGGAGUUCCCCGUCGAUGCACCAAACCCGCCUUUCUCCAGCAUACAGGUGGAUCCUCCUCUACGUCCGGAUGUUUAUGAGGAUCCGAGUGACGAUGCGUCUGACAAAGUCAUGUUCGUGCUCAACAACGUUUCCAAGCGCAACCUCGAGGAGAAGUUCAAGGACCUCAAAGGAGCUCUGCAGGAAAAGCACCAUCAAUGGUUCGCUCACUAUCUCGUCGAAGAGCUAGCCAGGACACAGCCAAAUUUUCAGAGCCUCUACCUCCAGCUGCUCGAGAAUUUCAACAAGAAGAUCCUGUGGCAAGAGGUACUCCGCGAGACCUACGCCAGCUGUGCGAAGAUGCUCAAUGCCGAGUCGACCAUGAACUCAUCCGUCGACAGGAACAACCUGAAGAAUCUGGCGGGCUGGCUUGGAUCAAUGACUCUGGCGAGAGAACAGCCGAUCUUGCAUCGCAACCUCUCCUUCAAGGAUCUGCUGUUCGAGGGACAGGAUACCCAGCGGCUCAUUGUCGCCAUCCCGUUCACCUGCAAAGCACUGUUCCACGCAAAGGACUCGAAGGUAUUCAGGCCACCGAAUCCGUGGAUGAUGGAGCUGCUCUCGAUGCUCAGCGAGCUGUACCACUACUUCGAGUUGAAGCUCAAUCUGAAGUUUGAGAUCGAAGUGCUGUGCAAGGACCUCAAGCUCGACAUCAAGGACAUCGAGCCUGCUGACAUCAUUCGAAACCGUCGACUGGUUCAGGAGAAUAGCAUGUUGCAGCAAUUCACCGCAGACGGUCCCGACGGCUUUGGCGAUGUCCACAUCAUGGGUCUCUCAAAGCGCGCGCCGAACGAGCGGUUUUCGCCAGAGGCGGUCAUCCAAGCCAUUCCAGAUCUUGGUGGGCUGCUGCAGAUCCCGCAAGCCGCUGGUAACGUUACGCAGCCGCAACUCCGGACCAUCUUCGUGAAUGCUGCGCAGCAAGCCAUCUUUGAGAUCAUCGCUCCGGUGGUCGAGCGGUCCGUUACCAUCGCGGCCAUCUCUGCCGCAGAGCUCAUCCAGAAGGACUUUUCCGCAGAGACCGACAGCGACAAGUUGCGAUCAAGUGCGUAUACUAUGGUCAAGUCCUUGUCCGGUAGCCUCGCCCUUGUUACUUGCAAGGAGCCUCUCCGGAUGAGCAUUAUGAACAACAUCCGCAUUCUGGCAUCGCGAACCCUGCCGGAGCAGCUGCCCGAAGGACAGAUAAUCAUGUUCGUGAACGACAACAUUGACACUGUCUGUGGCCUCGUCGAGCGGGCAGCGGAGGAACACUCGAAGGCCGAAAUCGAUGCGCAAAUGGCUGAAUACGUUGAGGCCCGUCGGCGUCACACGACCGAGAGACCAAAUGAGCCUUUCAACAACCCGCCCAUCAGUCGGUGGGCUCAGCUCAUUCCGGAGCCGUUCAGAAUGGAUCUCAAUGGCCUUAAUAGGCAACAAUUGGCGCUCUACGAAGACUUCGGCAGACAGGCCCGCAUCACACCUGCGCAGCACGCCAACAGCCAGUCUCAGGACAACAACCGCCAGAUCCCGGAUGUGUUGACAGACAGUUAUCUUCCGAGCCUUACGACGCCGGCUGAGCAGCCUGCUAUGCCCAGACAGACUCCGCAACAGCAGCGCAUGUACGCAGGCCAAGCGCCACAGGCCCAGCAGAUGAAUGGCUACACCGACCAUGCCUUAAUGGAAGGUCGAAUCGUAGGACUGCUCACAGAGCUGCAGGCAGCUGCACGCGAGAGUCCUGCAGAACACGUUGGUGACAUCGGUGAUGACUCCCCCAUUCGCCGCAUCUUCUCCCAGCUCUACGCCCUGAUCAACAGCUCAGGAUUCGAGAACGAUAAAGAAAGUCUGGCCAACCUGACGGGUCAGAAGUGCUUCUUCCCCAUCUUCGACGACUUCCAGACACGGCUAGAGAUGGAGGUGUUCGUGCGCUUGCUCAAGCACCUUUCUGACUUGUCGCCGGGCGCUGGAAGACAGUUUGCGGUGCAGCUUGCGAUGCUCGGCAAUGAUCUCCAAAACCCGCUCGUUAGCGACCUGGUUUUUAGGAAUGCCAGUGUCACUGCGACGUUGCUGACCGAGCAUAUCUGGGACAUGCAGCAUGUUGACAACUUCACGGCCAGGAAUCUGCGCUUGAGGAGGCCAAUCGUGUUGCCUUACCUCAAUGAUCUCUUGGAUGAGGUGCUGCUGGGAGACAAGCCAAUCGCGCUGAGAGCAGACUUCGUCUACACCUACGAGGCACUAGGCCAGUGGCUGUCAGAGGACCAUGGACUGGAGAUUGGGCGCCAGAUCAUGUCGAAGUUGCAGACGCCGGUCGAAGAGGUCAACGGCAUGCCCAGCCCGCCUGGCCUUGAGAAGCAGGAACAGCUCGAGUACAUGUUCGAGGAGUGGAUCUCCAUGCAGCGCCGCGACACGACCCUCAAGUCUUAUAUCGCUUUCGUGCGCCAGAUGCAUGAUCAUCGUGUCCUCGACGACCCUAACGACGCUGCGAUGUUCAUCCGCACGUGUCUGGAGAUGUCCUCGACCCAGUUCAACCGAGCUUCCAACCAGCCUUGGGUCACUCAGGAUGCUCCGUACGUCUACAUCGAUGCGUUAGCGAAGCUGGCGGCGUUUAUGGUGGUCUUCCAGAGUCCAGUGGACGGCGAGCCGCAGGCUCACAAGGGCAAGUCGCUCGAUGCCAUCAUCCGCUUGGUCGUGCUUAUUAUGAACGACCACCACAACAAGCAGCAGGAGCGCUGGAACGGACGGCUAUACUUCCGCUUCUUCUCGAGUUUGCUUUGCGAACUGCAUGAUGCGAGGCAGCAUCUUGGUCCACAGCAGGUGCAGGAUCUGAUGCAGGUGUUCGCGCUGUCUUUGAUGGUGAUGCAGCCGAAGUACUUCUCGGGCUUCACUUUCAGCUGGCUGACGCUGCUCGGUCAUCGACUCUUCAUCCCACACAUGCUGGCUGGCAACGGACGAAGCAAUGGCGGAUGGGAAAGCUACGCGAAGCUCUUGAACGUGCUCUUUGUCACGUUGGGCGACUUUAUGAACCAGCAAGAAGCACCGGCGAUAUUGCCAGACUUCUAUCGAGGAGUGACGCGUCUGGUGCUGGUCCUGCACCAUGACUUUGCGGAGUUUCUGCUCGAACAUCAUGUGCAGCUCAACAGCAGUAUACCACCGUUCUGCUUCCAGUUGCAUAACAUCAUCAACAGCGCGGUCACGAGGGCGAUCAUCGCCGACCAGCCUGAUCCAUUCAUGCCGGGUCUCAAGGUCAACAGGCUUGAACAGAUCCGGCAGCAGCCUUCUAUCAACAUGAGCUUCGAGAAGACGCUCGCCGAGGCUGGUAUCAAAGACGCCGUGCAGCGAUGCUGCGGCAGCGAGGUCGCUAGUGAGGAGAUAGAGACGAUCCUGACAGCCAUCGAUCGCACACCCGGGACGACAGGCAAAAUCCUCCUCUUCAACACCAUCUCCGCCUACGUCGGCACCAAAGCCACCUCUACUUCGUCCUCCUUCUCCGCCGCCGCGCCGCCCGCCCUCCUCCUCGCACGCCUGCUCAAAGAGCUCCAACCGGAAAACCGCUACUACCUCAUCACCGCCAUGCUCAACCAAGUCCGCUACGUCAACGCACACACGCACUAUUUCAGCACCGCUUUGCAGCACUUCUUCACCUCCGGCAACGAAGACGUCCAACAAGCGAUCAUGCGCGCGAUCUGCGAGCGGUUGGGGGUGCCUAGGCCGCACCCGUGGGGUUUGAUCGUGAUGGUGUUGGAGCUGGUGAAGAAUCCGGCGGUGAAUGUUUUUGAGCUCGGGUGGAUGAAGGAGGCGAAGCAGGUGGAGGAUAUGUUGAUGAGUUUGGUGCAGAACUCGGAGAGGGUGGUGCAGGGGUUGGGGGGAAGGGGGUAG